CUGGCGAUUCGCUUUUGAACCAACCCGAAAGCAAAAAGCAACCACGCCGCACUUCUUAAUAAACAAAGCCACGACACACUUCUCUGUCGACGGCCGAGGCUAGACCACCAGUGAAUUCCUUCCUCCCAGCACAGCAGGCAGUUGGUGGCUGGGCUGGAUCCUGGGUGCUUGCAGCACUAGUAGGAGCCUAGUAGGUGCCAAUAGCGCGCGGGGGGAGGCACGAGGAGGGAGGGCUUGUAUCCAUGGCGGCUUCUCCUGCCCUCUUCGCGCUCCUCGCUUGCCUCUGCGGCGCGCUGGCCAUGGCCGUGGCCGCGAGCGACACGCUGAAGCAGGGGGAGUCGCUGACGGUGUCGGCGACGCUGGUGUCCUCCCCGGCUGGGGUGUUCGAGGCGGGCUUCUACGCGCCGGACCCCAAGCAGCCCGCCCGCCUCUACCUCUGCAUCUGGUACCGCGGAAUCCAGCCCCGGACCGUCGCCUGGGUCGCCAACCGCGCCAACGCGGCCACGGGCCCGUCGCCGUCGCUCACGCUCACGGCCGCCGGCGAGCUCCGCGUCCUCGACGGCGCUGCCAGGGACGACGGCGCCCCCUUGCUCUGGUCCUCCAACACCACCACGCGCGCCGCGCCGCGAGGGGGUUACUCGGCCGUCAUCCUCGACACCGGCAGCUUCCAGGUGCGCGACGUCGACGGCACCGAGAUUUGGGACAGCUUCUGGCACCCGUCCGACACCAUGCUCUCCGGGAUGCGCAUCAGCGUGAACGCGCAGGGGAAGGGCCCCGCGGAGCGGAUGCUCUUCACGUCCUGGGCAAGCGAGACGGACCCUUCGCCGGGCCGCUAUGCGCUCGGGCUCGACCCGGUUAACCCCAACCAAGCCUACAUCUGGAGAGACGGCAAUGUUCCUGUCUGGAGGUCAGGCCAAUGGACAGGGCUGAAUUUUGUAGGCAUUCCAUAUAGGCCGCUGUAUGUGUAUGGGUACAAACAAGGAAAUGAUCAAACCCUGGGAACAUACUUCACUUACACUGCAACAAAUACAUCUCUGCAAAGAUUUGUUGUUACGCCAGAUGGCAAGGACGUCUGCUACAUGGUUAAGAAGGCUACACAGGAGUGGGAAACUGUCUGGAUGCAACCGUUAAAUGAGUGCGAGUAUUAUGCCACAUGUGGUUCAAAUGCGAUAUGCACGGUGGUGCAAGAUCGCAAGGCAAAAUGUACCUGCCUUAAAGGUUUUCAGCCAAAGUCGCCUGAUCAGUGGAAUGCAGGAAAUCGGAGCCAAGGUUGUGUUAGGAACCCACCUUUGGGUUGCCAGGUGAACCAAACUGGAGAUGGAUUUCUUUCUAUCCAAAACGUCAAGUGGCCAGAUUUCUCAUAUUGGGUAUCUGGUGUGACCGAUGAGAUUGGGUGCAUGAAUUCCUGCCAGCAAAACUGCUCAUGUGGUGCCUAUGUCUACAUGACUACAUUGACGGGAUGUCUACACUGGGGUAGUGAACUGAUUGAUGUUUACCAGUUUCAGACUGGGGGGUAUGCACUAAACCUCAAGCUUCCUGCUUCUGAGUUACGUGAACGUCACACAAUUUGGAAAAUAGCCACAGUAGUGUCUGCCGUCGUGCUAUUUCUCUUGAUAGUUUGUCUCUUUCUGUGGUGGAAGCGUGGCAGAAAUAUCAAAGAUGCUGUGCACACAAGUUGGAGGUCAAGGCGUUCGUCUACAAGAUCUCAGCAAAGUGCUGGCAUGCAAGAUAUCACAAAUUCAAUUCCUUUCGAUGAUGAAACGGAGGAUGGAAAAAGUCAUGAACUCAAAGUACUCUCCCUGGACCGUAUUAAAGCUGCUACUUCUAAUUUCAGUGAAUCCAACAAGCUUGGGGAAGGAGGAUUUGGUCCUGUCUAUUUGGGAAUAUUACCAGGUGGAGAAGAAGUGGCCGUGAAGAGGCUUUGUAAGAAUUCAGGUCAAGGCCUUGAGGAGUUCAAGAAUGAGGUCAUACUGAUUGCAAAGUUGCAGCAUCGCAAUCUUGUCCGACUACUAGGAUGCUGCAUACAGGGAGAAGAAAAGAUAUUGGUGUAUGAGUACAUGCCUAACAAAAGUUUAGAUGCAUUCAUCUUCAAUUCUGAAAAGCAAGGUCUCCUGGACUGGAGGAUGCGGUUCGAUAUCAUUGAAGGUAUAGCUCGAGGGCUGCUAUAUCUCCACCGGGACUCGAGGCUACGUAUCGUUCAUCGCGAUCUCAAGGCCAGCAACAUUCUACUUGACACAGACAUGAACCCUAAGAUAUCAGAUUUCGGAAUGGCAAGGAUAUUCGGAGGCGAUGAAAACCAAUUCAACACAAAUCGUGUAGUUGGGACAUUCGGCUACAUGUCCCCUGAAUAUGCUAUGGAAGGCAUAUUCUCAGUCAAGUCUGAUGUUUAUAGCUUUGGAGUUCUGAUCUUGGAGAUCAUCACAGGGAAGAGGGCUGUCAGCUUUCAUGGCCAGCAGGACUCCUUAAACAUUGCAGGAUAUGCAUGGCGACAAUGGAAUGAGGACAAGUGCGAGGAGCUGAUCGAUCCAUCGAUAAGAUCAUCAUGUUCGGUCCGACAAGUCAUGAGGUGCAUCCACAUUGCACUCCUGUGCGUGCAGGAUCACGCCCAAGACCGUCCCGACAUCCCUGCGGUCAUCCUGAUGUUGAGCAACGACAGCUCCGCCCUUGCCAUGCCGAGACCACCUACCCUGAUGCUCCGAGGCCGAGCUACCGACUCAAGCAAAUCAAGCGACGAGAAGAGUCACUCCAUUGGUACCAUAUCGAUGACGCAGUUGCAUGGAAGAUAGCAUAGCAGGGGAAAUAUACUGAAAAUUGCAGCAUAAUUGAGUGUUCCUUCUUUUUGUCUCCAAUUUUCAUGCUACUUGCAAUGGUGGUGUUUUCUGUAGAUUAGGAAUUACGCCGGUUUGAUGAAGCCGAUUUGUAUGAGAAAAAUCCAUUUCUGUAUGUAAAGUCACAGCGAAAGUUGAUUCUCAAGACGGGGGGGUUUGCCAGGGUCAGCUACCUACAAACUUAACAGCAUGGCCCUGAUCCUAACUUGAUGGUGAUGGCUCGUCUGCAUUCUGUAUAUAAAAUCAAGUAUAGUAUAUCCUUAUCUGAACAUGGAUCGAACGUGAA